AUGUCGAACGAACUUCAAAACAACAUGAGUCCUGUUAUGGCUGCUACACCUGAAAUUCAACAAAUUAGCGAACAAUCAGAAAUCAAAUUUGCUGCUAUCGAUGCUUUAUAUCGAAAACAUUAUGAACACAAAAUUCACGCAUUUACAGAAGCACAUCGAGAAAAACAUGUCGCUUACUGGAAAGUGACACAGUAUGCUGAAGAACAAGUUGCUUAUGGAACCAAUUAUUUCUUGAAAGUCGCUAUCGAUGAUGGUCUGUUUAUUCACAUAAGAAUUCAUCAGCAUAAAAAUCAGAAUAAAUUCAAUUUCUACGCAUUGCACGAAAUCAUUCGACAUAAUGCUGCUACUUGUGUUUUCACUGAUGAUGAACCAUUGACGUAUUUUAAUUAUUAA